GUGGGAUUCCAUUCGGCUUGGCCAGGGAAGUGGAACGCACCAGGGAGUCGGACUAGCGAGCGGCGCGUUUGUCUCGGUGGAGGUGCGGUGGAAUUGAACCCCUCUUUCACCAACUAUUCGUAGCCGCGGAAUCAAACCGACUUGGGGUUGGGGCUCGCAAAUUCGCGGAAUCCAUGGCGGCGAUGGGGCAGGAGGACGACGACGUCGACCACUACGAGGUGCUCUGCCUCCCCUCCGGCGAGGAGGGCGCGGGGCUCUCCCUCGAGCAGAUCGAGAAGGCGUACCGGACGCAGUCGCGGCUGCGCCACCCGGACAAGCGCCCCGACGACCCCAACGCCACCGCCGACUUCCAGCGCCUCGCGAGCUCCUACAACUUCCUCCGGGACGAGUCCCUCCGCCGCCAGUUCGACGCGCGCCUUCGCGGCCGGCGCGAGGCGGCCGCCCGCGCCGCCGCCUCCGGCGUCAAGCGGCGGAAGGCCGUGUCCGACCUAGAGGAGCGCGAGCGCGCCGCCUCCACGGGCCAGGCCGUCGAUGCCGCCGAGGCCGCUAGGCGCGAGGACAAGCGGAAGGCCGCCGACGUCAAGCGCGAGCUCGAGGAGUUCUUCGCUGCCAAGCAAUCGGCCUCUUCAAGCACUCCUCCCGCUUCGGCACCUGGAGCCCCACAAGAUGCACCAAAAACAGACAAGGGUAAGAUUUUGAAGGUUUCAUGGGAAGGAGGUGCAGAUUAUUAUAAUGCUGCAAAGCUGGAGGAGAUCUUUAAGCAAUUUGGUGGAGUUGAAGAUGUUGUUAUCAAAACAAGGAAAUCAAGGAGUAGGGGAUCAGCAAUUGUUGUCAUGGCUUCCAAGGAGGCUGCACUAUCAGCAUUACAAAACCAUUCUGUGUACAAUGUUUUCUCUGUCCCAUUGAUUGUUGCUCCUGUUCAAGAAUCGGGUGGUGUUCCAACAAGGUCAACUCAUACACCUGAAACGAGGCCAAGCAACCUUGGUGGAACUGGAUUCAAUGAUUUGGAAGCAUCAGUAUUCCGUAAACUUCAAGAGGCUCAGAAAAGGAAGCAAAGCGGCUAGUUAGGCGUUUAGUUGAAGCGUCAGCAGGACGUUUCCUGCUUAAGAACAACUGAGAAUAGCUGGGAGACUUACGUCAGAAAUUUGAACAAUUUUGUAGUUGGGGGCGAUCUUGUUGAUAAUCUUUCUCAUGCGGAUGGUGAUGCCAGUUUUCAGGCAUUCACUACCAUGUAUGUUGUUCCAAUAGACUAUAACGUCAGAUUUUUAACUGUAUACUUCAAUAUUUGGUUUGGGAUAAAAGUGAUAUACAAACAUGUAGGUUUAUCUUGUGCGAUUCUC